AUUCACUAGUAAAUUCUGAUAUAAAUAGAAAGGAAUCAGAAAUCAAAACUGAUAAAUCAGAAGUUGAUGAAGAAUCAGAAUUGGAAAUUAAUAUAGUAGAAUCAAAAAUUGAGGAAUUAGUAACAAGUAAAACUGAUGACGAAAGUAAUUAG